CGACAUCGAAAAACAUACACGCGUAGUUGGAGCUCGGAGCCUUGUCAUGGAGUGCCGAAAGGGUCGACGGAAAGGCAUUCUGAGUGGUUUGCUUUUCGCAUGGCUGUUGACCAGCGGUUGCACCGUCGCCGCACGAAGCAUGGGUAAGCCAUCCGAGUCUCUUUAUGGUCGAGCGAGUCUGGGAAAUGCAGGACACCGGGACAAGGUGGCUAACAAGAGGUACGACACGGCUUACGCUUGCGAGGGCAAAACGCUCCGAAUAGAAUGCCAAGAGGGGGAGCUGAUACACCUCAUUAGGGCGAACUAUGGAAGGUUUUCCAUAACGAUAUGCAACGAACACGGGAACACCGACUGGAGUGUCAAUUGCAUGUCGCCCAAGUCUUUCCGGGUUCUCUACAACAAGUGCAAUCAACAGCAGAACUGCAGCAUCGUGGCGGCAACUUCGCAGUUUGGAGACCCGUGUAUUAACACCCUCAAAUACCUCGAAGCACAUUAUCAGUGCGUCUCUGCUUCUACAACGACGACGACAUCACGUCCUAGUCCUCCCUGGCUGACAACGUCCCAGCCCAGUGCCUGGAGUACAGUUAAGCCGACAGUCAGACCACCCUCGAGGAUUACAACACCAGCUGCUCAGCAGCCACCCCAACCAUCACUACCAUCCACUACCCCUUCGAUAACGACUCUACCGAGUCCUACGUCGACGAAGCUCGGUAGUGAAGUUGAAAAUGUCGACGAAAAUCCGGAAAUGAUUCCUCCAGUCAGCGGACAUGGUUCUGUCAAGGUGCCUGUCGAGCCGGAAACAACACAAGCAACGACAACGUCGGUAUUCGUGCCGAUGAAAACUAGUCAUAAAACCACCGCACCCAGUACACAAUAUCCAGAAUCCAGUUCGAACGGACAGUGGUAUGAUUAUGGUAGACAAUUAUGUACGCCGCGAGAGGCUAGAAAUUUGAAUUGGAAUACCACGCGCGCUGGCGACAUGGCCGUGCAAAAUUGUCCGGGUGGUGCCAAUGGGUAUGCACGCUGGAAUUGCGUUGUCAGAGGAGACUCUGCCACCUGGGAUCGGGACACUCCCGACCUGAGUGAGUGUCGUUCCGUGUGGUUAACAUCCUUGGAGAACCGAGUCCAAGAUGGUGACGUUAUUCUUGGCAUUAGCCGUGACCUCUCCCAGGUGACAAACAAUAGUCAGAUGCUUUAUGGCGGCGACAUGAAAAUCACAACCAAAAUCAUCAAAAACAUGGCGAUGAAGAUGGCCCAGGACAUCAGUACGUAUCAGGAUCCAAGUCAGAAGGAGGCCAGCGUCAUAGAAUUACUCCAGGGUGUCAUCAGAACUGGUAGCAAUCUUCUAGACGAGGCACAAUUGGCCUCUUGGAAGGAUCUUAGCGAAAGUGAUCAGAUGGUCGUUGCUACCUCGUUGUUCAUUGGUUUGGAAGAAAAUGCGUUUCUCCUCGCGGAAACUCUCACUCACGAGAAGAAAAUCAUUCAGGAGGGCAGAAAUAUACUAAUGGAGGUUCGUGUUCUGGAAACGCGUAAUAUCAAUAACAACGUGGAAGUCUUUCCCUCAAAAUCCACUCAGCAGAAAUGGAACGCCACCAUUGAACUGCCAAGGCGAGCGCUCCUGGAGAACAGCGAGGGCGGAAUUGUUCGACUCGUUUUCAUGGCUUUCGAUCGACUCGAAGAAAUUUUACAAACUGUCGAGAAAAUACCCACAGUCGUCAUGAGCGAUGAUAUACUGGCACAGCCAAAGGAAAAUAGAACGAGAAUUCUUAACAGUAAAGUGAUAUCGGCUUCACUCGGCAAAGGGCGACAUAUUGAAAUCAACCAACCGGUCAAGAUCUAUUUCAAACAUUUGAAAGUUUCUGACAAUGUCACGAAUCCCACAUGUGUCUUCUGGGAUUAUAUCUUCAAUGCCUGGUCGAAUGAAGGGUGUGGUGUGCUUGAUACCAACAAGACGCAUACUGUUUGCUCGUGUAAUCACCUUACAAAUUUUGCGAUCCUUAUGGACGUGCAUGCCGUCCCACUGACAGACGGACAGGAUCGUGCUCUGCAAAUCAUGACAUACAUCGGUUGCACCAUCUCCGUGGUGUGCCUUUUCCUCGCAAUUCUUACAUUUCAGCUCUUUCGUGGCCUGAAGUCUGACAGAACAACAAUUCACAAGAAUCUGUGCGUCUGUUUGCUCAUUGCCGAGGUCCUUUUUGUCUGUGGAAUUGGACAGACGGAUCAGAGAGUCCUUUGCGGUAUUGUUGCAGGACUUCUUCAUUUCUUUUUCCUUUGCGCCUUCGCCUGGAUGUUCCUCGAAGGCUUUCAGCUAUACGUAAUGCUUAUCGAAGUUUUCGAGGCUGAAAAAUCGAGACUUCGAUGGUACUAUCUCGUAGCUUAUGGCUUGCCAUUGCUUAUAGUCUCCAUCUCCUGCAUAAUCGAUCCUCUUAGCUACGGAACUGAUCGUCACUGUUGGCUCAGGACAGACAACUACUUCAUCUUCAGCUUCGUGGGGCCUGUGAUACUUGUCAUUCUGGCAAAUUUGGUAUUCCUCUCGAUGGCGAUCUACAUGAUGUGUCGGCACGCGAACACCACCGUUUCCAUGAAGAGCAAGGAGCAUUCUCGACUCGCCAGUGCAAGUGGAAAGGAGGAAAAUGCUCUUCCCAACAAAUUGCAAGCGCACUUGGCCUGGUUGCGCGGAGCAGUCGUGUUGGUGUUCCUCCUAGGACUCACCUGGACAUUCGGACUCCUUUAUCUCAAUCAAAGUACCAUAGUGAUGGCUUACAUCUUCACUAUUCUCAAUAGCCUUCAAGGACUGUUUAUCUUCGUAUUUCACUGUGUACAAAAUGAAAAGGUGAAAAAAGAGUACCGCAAGUUCAUCAGAAGACAUUCCUGGCUACCAAAGUGCUUGAGGUGUUCGAAAACGGUGACCGGAAACUCGGGUUCUUCGGGCACCAGUGGAGUUGGAGCAGGAGCCAAUGGUGGGAAGGACUUUGGUUCUCACAAUACGUCCUCCAAUCCCUCGGCACCGACGACGGAUAGUUCCGGACUGUCGCCGCAUGCAGCUUCCAAUUAUUUGGUGUCCGGACGAGGUUGGCCAACUACCGAUAGGCAAGCAGCAGUUGCUGUGCCACAUGAAACUUCCACGUCAGAGAAUCAUAUCGUGGCCACGCUGCCCCACGCCCGUCACGCCUUCUUCCCUUCAGCUCCUAAUAUCCCCAAAUCUGCCACUGCCACCUGGGGACCCCUUAACAAAAACCUCAUGUGGAAGAACAUUUCUUUUAAAUCCUACUCUCGUGACUCUGGACACGGAGGGUCGGAACAAGAAGAGUCGCCCCGGACUCAUGGCUCAAUGACCUUGCAGGGCUACUCGGGAAGAACGCGCGAACGGCGAGUAGGCGGUGAUGAGAUUGGCACCAGGACGACUGGACGAAGAGCAGCCUCUCCCUACAACCACACCUACACCGAGAUCCGAGACGGACGAGGCGGCCAUCACCAGAUUGGACAUCAUCAUGGUCAACAUCUGCACUUAACGAGGGGACUCGUGGGAGAGGAUGAUCCGGUCUACGAGGAAAUUGAGCGUGGAGGCGAAAUCCAAGUCUCCGACAUGUCUGACGAAGAUGGCAGACGACAAAGCGACAUGAGCAGACAAUCGUCGCGAAGCUAUGGGGAUCAUAGACCUCUGAUCCCCUAUUCUCCAGCGAAUGACCGGAAUUUAAAUCAUUACGGGCAGACUGGAGAGCGCAGUGUCGCUCAUUAUGAUCCUUCGGAAUACAGUCCAGCUCAAGAGAGAACUUUAAAUGCCUGCUGGGAAAAACUUAGACGACAGCAACCUAGGUACGAGUUGGGUGAACUACCUCGACUGCCUGGCACUUAUGGAAUUUCCCCCCAAGAUCACACGAGGACUGUUGCCGUCCUCGAUGGCCACACCGUCGUUUGUCACCUUCAACCUCAAACUGACUUGUACACAGGACGAGGUAUCCCGCCGCCGUCCUACAGCGAGUGUUAGGAAAGUCUACGUUAUAUUCUCUUAUGAAGAAGUUUCUGUUGUUCUCGUGAGUUCACGAAUCCGAGAUUCCUCGAGCGAGCCGCUUCGGGAGAAUCUCGAGCAAAGACCCCUCGGUGCAGAGCUGAAAUGUGAUCGUCAGUUUCGCUUCGACUUGGAAAGUCUUAACACAAGCCCUGGGAAAAAUUCUUCAAGGCUCUCUUGAACCGGGAGGCUUCUGUAAAAAAAAAAAAAAUAAU